CACCAUGGAAUAAAUUUUCAUGGUGGAAGCAAGCUGUAUAAGAUGCUACAGUGUAGAUUGACUAUUGGCCUGAAAAAAUCUGUCUCUAGACUCUUGUAUAAGUUGUAAAAUUGUUUUCUUCAAUGAUCGGGAAGCAAACAUCAUCUAUAUUUUCCACUUUUGGUGCUUCAAGAGAUUGUUUUACAGAUCAAGAAUCAUUCAAGGAAAGGAGACUCUGAUUAUCAGCUGAACCUGUAAAAAUCCCAAUAAUGAGCUUGUCAAAAACUAAGAGCAGUAAGUCUGCAGUCUCAGUUGGUCCAUGGGGAGGAAGUGGUGGAACCCCAUGGGAUGAUGGGGUUUAUACAGGAGUUAAGACGUUACAUAUAGUGCAUGCAUCUUGCAUUGAUUCUCUUAGGAUUGAAUAUGACAAGGGUGGGCGUUCAGUUUGGUCAGAGAAGCAUGGUGGCAAUGGAGGAACCAAGAAUAAUAAGAUUCAAUUCGAUUACCCAAAUGAGAUUCUGACUUCUAUUAGCGGCCAUUAUGGUCAUAUGUCGCCGGGAACCCCAUGUGUGAUAAGAUCACUCAUAUUUCAUACUAAUAUUCGGAAACAUGGGCCAUAUGGUGUGGAACAAGGCACGCACUUUUCAUUUCCCACCAGCGGAGGGAAAAUAAAAGGCUUUCAUGGUCGAAGUGGUUGGUACCUGGACUCCAUUGGAGUUUACCUUUCUCACGCUCUUGAGCCCACACUUUGGGAAUCUGUCAAAGCGAGUGCUAAGAACAUAUUAUGGGGUUAAGGGAAACUUUGAAUAACCAUCCUGCUCUAUUUAUGUUAUUUAUUUGAACUACACAUCACUAUGUUGUAAGAUCUAUAUCUUGUCUAACAGUUGUGUAUUGGAGUUAUAUCUUAUUAUUAUGAUAUUUUGUA